CGAUCAUUGUCGUCGCAAUUUCGUAGAGAACGGCCAAAGCAUGCGUCUUCCGCGUUGUGUUAGAGGCCACGGCAGGUUGCCAGUUUCAUUGACUCUGCAUUCACGGCACGACAUACUAGGGGACAGGCUCAGGCGUCUUUCAUACAGCGACGUUGAGAGCUCCAAGGCUGUGCCUGGAGUCAUCCCACAUGGGCGAGUUGCUCAGCCUCAUUCGCAUCUUCUCUACUCGCGCCACGGAAAGAAGCCUGUCAAGCGUCGCGGAUUCAAACUGCGGCCGUUGUUCAUGGAUAGCAAUCCCUGCCGCCCGCCUGAGAAGCCUCAUGGCAACUCAAAAGAGAAGCGCUUUGUCUACAAGCCCCUGAGUGACAACCACAGCGUUCGUUUUCUUGUGCUUCAACCGGGAUCUGGCUCUGAUCCUUUGGUGGGGAGCCUGCAAUUCGGAAGCCUUGACUCAGAGGACAUCGAACAGCUUCCUCCCUAUGAGGCUAUAUCGUACGUUUGGGGCUCUGGCAGCCGGCAAUAUGAACUCAUCUGCGAUGGCGCCGUCCUCCCUCUCACACAGAGCAUACACGAUGCGCUGAAUCGCGUUCGGUUACCGGACCGGCCGCGGAGGCUGUGGGCUGAUCAAGUCUGCAUCAACCAAGACGAUAUACCAGAGCGCAGCCAGCAGGUGAAGCUGAUGAAUUUGGUAUAUAGAAAUGCCAAAAGAGUGCUUGUAUGGCUGGGGAGGGAUCCGGAUGGAGUUGCAGAAGAAGCAGGACAGACUAUCCGCUAUCUCGACGGUGUAUUCAAAGAUGAAAAGGCCCAUGAGGAGUUCAAGCUCGCUCAUGAGGAAAAUUUGUCGCUGCAAAGCUCUGAGCCUUGGGUUCCCCUGGCAAAAUUGACAAAGCUGCCCUGGUUUCAACGAAUAUGGAUCGUCCAAGAGAUUGGAACUGACGCUCCUGCGACUCUGUACUGGGGCGAUACAGAGAUGGACUGGGACACGUUAUCUCAUGUGGCGGCCAUUCUCAACGAGAGAUACUACCACCUUCGCACCCGAUUUCUUCUAAACACGUCCAGUAUUCGCUACCUCCACAAACGCUUCGUCGAGCCAGACACAGAAUACGACCACGACCAUAAUCGAGGCAACUUUGCAUAUGAACUCCACAGGGCCAGACAUCUGCUUGGAAACGACCCUCGGGACCACAUAUACGCCUUCCUGGGACACUUUUCCAUCAGCAAAGCCGGCAAGGAACUCCAGUCCCUCACCGUAGACUACUCCAAGAGCGUAAAGGACAUCUACAUCGACGUCGCGGUGCGGGCCCUCCGCGGCGCCAAAGACCUCGUCACCCUCUCGGCCGCACACCACGGCCAGCCCCUCAUGAAACGACGAGCAGCAUGGACCAGCGAGGAUCUAGGCCUUCCCUCCUGGGCUCCAGACUGGCGGCAUCUGCCGAUACACAUUCUCGGCUCGCCUACGGUGCCGCACCGCGCGUCGGGGGACACGAAGCCGGACCUAACCAUUGACGAGGACACGCGCGUGAUGCGCAUUCGCGGCGUUAGGGUCGACGUGGUGGAGAGGAUUUCGUGGACCAUCUACGGGUCGGCGUUUCAGGUGAGGCAGGACGACGCUCGGGAGAAGAAGAAGAAGGGAGGAGGAGGAGAACGGAAGAGGAGAAAUUGGGGAGGCAGCAAUGGCAGCAAUGAUCUUGACAAGGGCGAUCAUGGCGAGGAUGGGUUUGCUCAGCCUCAGGGGGAUGAUACUACAACACGCGCUCCAAGCAGGAACAAUAACUGGCAUCAUGAUGAACAAGGCGUUCAGCAGAAAGGCCGUCCGCCGCCUCUCCACCGACGAAGAACACAGCUCGACCAGAAUGGUCCUCGCACGCACGUCAUGGAGGUCCUCUGGAGACGCAUCUGCGGCUACAGAACAUUCAACCUCAACCUCGUAUACCCCCCUUUCCUCAAGAACCCCCCAGCAGCCAAAUACCAUCAGCCUUCAUCUUCACACUCCUCCCCCACGCCUCCUCACGAUCAUCGCAGAUCUGCCUUCUUCGCCUUCAUCCAAACCCUCACCAACGCCUGCACGGGCAUAGAUCGCUCGCGCCCUUACUCGUCCAUCCCUUCAGAAGAAUGGCUCACCAGCGCAGCAGCCUAUCUCGUCCGCUACGCAGUUCCAUCUUCUUCGUCUUCAUCUUCCCCCCCUUCCACAGCGCUAUCGCCAUCACAAACAUUCCCUUCAUACCCUGCCAGAUCCCCCGGCAGUCCCGACAGCACCUCCAGCAUAAGCACAAUGUCCAGCUUCUACGAGCGAGCAAACUCCAUGUCCUCCUCCUCCUCCUCCCGCAGCGCCACCCCCAUCCACGCCGCCAUCCACGCCCUCUCCCUCACCGGCGACCCCUUCAAAUGGAGCCACGAGGCCGUCCUGGUUACUCGCUACCGCCGCUUCGCAGUCACCCGCAGGGGCUACUUCGUGCUUGGGUCCAACGCGCUGCAGGCAGGCGACGUCGUGGCUGUGCUGCGCGGCGGCAAGGUCCCCUUUGUACUGAGGAAGGUUAGUGCCGGUGGUGAUAAUGAGAGGUGGGUGCUUAUUGGGGAGUGUUAUGCGCAUGGGCUGAUGGACGGGGAAGGGUGGGAUGUUGAAGGGGUGGAGGAAGAGGUGUUUGCGGUACAAUGAGCUUGGCGGGAUGGUCUCUUAGGAUUCUUAAUGAUGAUUAAUGAAGAUAGCUCAAACAUACGAUGGGAUGAAUGAAUGAAUGAAUGAAUGAGAACACUCCUAAUAAGACUAAUUGGCG